AUGGAGGAGGUGGGAGCAUUUGAAAACAGCCUGGGCUCUGGCUGGCUCAGUGGGAAGAGGAGGAGUCCCCUGCAGAUGCUUUAUGACUUGGACCAGGGCCCGCGCUCAGCCCUGGCCGAGGUGCACCGGCAGCGGCGCGACCUGCUGCGCCGAGCCUGCAGCCGCCACACACGCAGGCAGCGCCUGCUGGGGCCCGAGGACCUGCGGCACGUGCUGGUGGACGACGCGCACGGCCUGCUCUACUGCUACGUGCCCAAGGUGGCCUGCACCAACUGGAAGCGCGUGCUGCUGGCGCUGAGCGGCCGCGCCCGCGGCGACCCGCGCGCCAUCCCCGCGCACGAGCGCCUCUUCCGGGACAUCAGCCCCUUCUACCAGCGGCGCCUCUUCGACCUCUACAGGAUGGACUUCCUGCUCUUCAACUACUCUGCCCCUUCCUACCUGCGGCUGCACUAG